UGAGAAGGUUGUUUUUGUUUCAAUAAUAUACAUCCCUUUCAGUUGUUGUUCCCAUUAUAUUUAAUUUCUAGUGCGAUAUCAAACUUCCCUUUGAGUGGUUCUAAUUAUCCGAAAUGUUGAGGCUGGCAAUAUUUUUCUGCUGCUCCCUUAUUGUACUAAAUUUGAGGGGAUCCUCGGCUCAUUCGCAGGAAAAUGGAGGGACCGUGUGCAUUCUGCAUGAUGCCCCAACACAAUGUGGCGCCUUCUGUUUGUCCGCAUUGCACCCGCUGUUUGACGACAACGAUAAAAUCCUAAACAGGUUGGAUGUGAUCGAGGAAUAUGGCAAAAAGGCAAUCACAAAAGAAGAGUUCGAUGCGAAAUUAAAAGCUGUCAAUUCCGAAGUACGGAACCAACUUCGGAGUCUUCAGACAACAAUGGAAAAACAGCGUACCGAAAUGCAGAAAGACUUUGCGGCAAAACUUCAGUCAGGACUUAGAGAUAUGCAAGACCAGCUAAAAAGAGACGUUUUAAAUAUUCCCGAGAAGUUCCAGAAAAUCGGCACUAGGUACUUUUACAUAGAAAAUAAUACUAAAAAGACAUGGGCUGAAGCUGAAAUAAAAUGUAGACAGAUGGGAGGUUAUUUAGCGGCGAUUCAAAACCAAGAUGAACUGAAUGCCAUCACAGCAAAGCUCAGAAAGGAUACUGAUUACUGGCUUGGCAUUAACGAUUCGGCAAGUGAAGGCCAGUAUGUAUCUGUUGCCUCUGGAAGACGAGCUCCAUUUUUAAAGUGGAAGCCCGACGAGCCCAAUGAUUUCGACGGAGCUGAGGAAUGCAUUCAUCUUUACAACGGAGAAAUGAAUGACUUAUUUUGCAGCAGAGAACAUGUAUUCCUGUGCCAGGCAGAUAACAAAAUAUAGAUCAAGAGAAAUUACUUACA